CACAAGUCUGUACACGCAUCACUUGUCCACCGAACCACAAAGCAGUCUAGUAGAACCACUCAGCGCCGCCCCCUGCCUUUUCCCUUCACUCCCCCGACAGCGAAAAUGCUCGACGCCUUCUUUCGCUCUGUCUUGGCCUUGAGCUGCUGCCUGCACCCACCAACACACACCAUACCACACCACACCAACCAAGAAAUGUCCAUGUGUGUGUAUACAUGGACGGAUGCUGCUUACUGUUUUGCCUUGUUGGCCUGGGAGAGGUUAGUGUGUUUGCCGACGGACAGCUGCACCCCCAGCUCCCUCUCCUUCUCUCGCAGCUUCUGGAGCCGAUCUUUCUCGUUCUUCCGCGCCUUGACCAGAAUGUUGUAGGGAAUCUUCGGACCCUUAGCGGCCUGCACACAUACACGCGCAGCGAAUGCGAGUGAUAGCCUCUAUCCGUGUGAAGCAGGUGUGUGCGUACCGAGCCCCCCAGCGCCCGUAUCUUGGCCGCUUCGUACUGCCGCUGCUGCGCUUUGUCCAGCUCUGGAUAUGCUGCAGCACCACAACCACCACAUGCGACUAGUGGUCCAGAGAGAUCUCUCCAUCUGGCUGUCCCGACUCACCCAGGUCUCGAAUUUUCCUCAGUGUGUCAUUGAACUCAUGGUUGUCCUUCGAUGCCGUUGCAGCCUUGCCCUUCCGGCGCCCUGGGAGGGGGGAGGAUGAAGCCGAGCCUUUGCCGAGCAUCUUGGAUACAGACGGGUCCUGACACACACAGACAGCCGCGAGAGUGCGCACCGCACACCUGCGCAGGUAGACCUACUGCACAACUGCACAACCGGGCAUCGCUCACCAGAAACGCCUUGAGCUCAUCUUUGGACGGCCGUGAAGGGGCUGCUGCCGAGUCGCUCGGCUUCGAUUGGGCACCCUUGCGCCGCACUCCACCGAAGAACUCGUCUCCCCUCUGCUCAUCUUCGCUUUUCACAGCCGAUGACUCAUCAGCCGGAGCCUUCACGCCAGCUGUUUCUUGAGCCUUCUGACGAUUUGCCGAGGCACGGCGAUUCUCAGCGUUGCUGCCGCGGGAGAGAGAUCUCUUCUUGGUCGUGGUGAGGGCGUCGCGGGUGCUUGUGGAGUCUUCUGGGGCGUCAAACGACGCUAGGAACUGCUCGCCGAAGGCCUGGAGCCGCUCAUCUACAUCGUCCAUUUUUCC